CUUUAAUCGCCGAUGACGUAACUUCCUCCAUGUUUCCUAGCAUGGCGACGUCUACUCUGUGCCGAUCGGCGGCCAUGGGUAGAGCCGGCCGUUGCAAUGUCCUGGCAUCGUCCGGCCGGUUGCUGGCCCUGUGGCUGCUGAUGAGCUUGUUCACGGGCUGUGCGGACACGUUCUAUGUUCCCGGGGUGGCGCCGGUGGAGUUCAGCCGGGGUCAGCCCAUCGAGGUGAAGGCGGUCAAGAUGACCAGCACGCUGACACAGCUGCCGUACGCCUACUACUCACUCAACCUGUGCAAGCCCAAGAACGGCACGCUCAACUACAAGUCUGAGAACCUCGGGGAGGUCCUCCGCGGGGACCGCAUUGUGAACACGCCCUAUGAGGUUCACAUGGCGGUGGACCAGACGUGCAAGCUGCUGUGCCACAUCAGGGACACCGACCCACCGCCCAUCUCAUGGCAGCUGGAGGACUCCCAGACUGCCGCCCAGCGCAUUCGGCACCAGUACUUUGUCCACCUGCUUGCCGACAACAUGCCAUGCGCGACACGCCUUGAAUCGUUUGACAGCAGUCAACCAGUCUACGAACAUGGCUACCGGCUUGGAUUCAUUGAGAAUGACAAGCCGUACAUCAACAACCACCUAAAGCUCGUUCUUUACUACCACACGGAGGACAACGAGCACUUCAGGGUCGUCGGCUUUGAAGUUGCCACCAAGAGCGUGCACAAGGAUUCGAUGAAGUUCCUGAAGGGUGGCUUCUGCGAGUUUGACCCGAGCCAGGCCAAGAAGCAGGAGGUGAACGAGAACGGCAUCACAGACCUGUACUUCAGCUACGAGGUGGAGUGGAAACAAAGUAGCAUCAGGUGGGCUUCCCGAUGGGACACCUACCUGGCCAUGACCGACGUCCAGAUCCACUGGUUCUCCAUCGUCAACUCGGUCAUCGUAGUCUUCUUCCUCUCGGGCAUGCUGACCAUGAUCAUCGUUCGGACGCUUCGUAGGGACAUUGCCCGCUACAAUAAGGACGAAGACUCGGAAGACGCGAUGGAGGAGACGGGCUGGAAACUGGUCCACGGCGAUGUCUUCCGUCCGCCGCAGUACCCCAAGCUCUUCGUUGCCGUUGUUGGCAGCGGGAUUCAGAUCUUCUUCAUGAUGUUUAUCACAAUCGUCUUCGCCAUGCUGGGAAUGCUGUCUCCAGCCUCUCGGGGAGCCCUCAUGACGGCUGCCAUCUUCCUCUACGUCUUCAUGGGCUUGUUUGCCGGCUACUUCUCGGCCCGCUUGUACAAGACCUUGCGGGGCGUUCAGUGGAGGAAAGCAGCCUUCCUGACGUCAGUCCUGUAUCCAGGCAUAGUGUUUGGAACGUGCUUUUUCCUCAAUUUCUUCAUCUGGGGGAAGCACUCGUCGGGAGCGGUUCCCUUUGCCACCAUGGUGGCGUUGCUGUGCCUCUGGUUCGGCAUCUCAGUGCCGCUGGUGUUCCUGGGGUACUUCUUCGGGUACCGCAAGAAGCCCUACGAGCACCCCGUGCGCACCAACCAGAUCCCCCGGCAGGUGCCCGAGCAGGUCUGGUACAUGAACCCAGUCCUCUGCACACUGAUGGCAGGGAUCCUUCCCUUCGGAGCCAUGUUUAUUGAGCUCUUCUUCAUCUUCUCCGCCCUGUGGGAGAACCAGUUCUACUACCUGUUUGGUUUCCUCUUCCUCGUUUUCAUCAUCCUCAUAAUCUCCUGCUCGCAGAUUUCCAUUGUAAUGGUGUAUUUUCAACUCUGCGGGGAGAACUACCACUGGUGGUGGAGAUCGCUGAUAGUCUCCGGAGGAUCUGCACUCUACGUGUUUGCCUAUGCCGUAUUCUACUUCGUCACCAAGCUCGAAAUCACCGAGUUCAUUCCGACUCUCUUGUACUUCGGCUACACGUGCAUCAUGGUGCUGACUUUCUGGCUUCUGACGGGAACCAUCGGUUUCUACGCCGCGUACUUCUUCCUCUGCAAGAUCUACGCCGCCGUCAAAAUCGACUGAGCCGCGUGGUUUUACGUGCCUUGCCCGCCGCCGGUGCCGUGCGGCUGCGGCCACCGGCGGCAUUGUGCGGGGCACAUCGACCGACCAACCGAAUCCUUCGCUUUUCUUGAAGAAACGGAUGGAGGAGGUGCAGAAGAUGCAAAAGAAAGUACUCUUGGACUGGGAAGGGUGUAGUGCGUGUGUGCCUGUGUGCGUGUGUGUGUAUACAUGUGAAGGACAAGAGAUGCCAAGAAGUUUGACUACAGUUUAGCGUAAAGCGGUAAGAAGAAUGUGUAUAGUGUGACAAGCACUUCAUAUGGGUGAGGGAAGUGUGCAGUUUUUUUUUCUCUUUCUUUCCAGAUUUCAGUGUGUGUGUGUCCAUCUUUUUUUGCUUGUUUCCGUUUUUGCACGUAGAUGUCAAUGGAUCAAUAGCGAGAGAAUGAGACAAAGACGAAGCUUGGCUUACUUUGUAAAAUGGCAACCUUCCCAUUCCUUCUCCAUUCUUUCAAUCCGUUUUCUUUUUAACGGAAUGGCUCCAGUUUUGUGGGAUUGACAGUGCAAGAUUUUUCUUUGUCUAGCCGUUGCCCAUCUCUUCCAGCUGCUAGCCACUAGUCAGCAAAAAUAGCGAGAAGCUCUCGACUUUGUGUACUUCUGAUGGCUUGUUCUGGAUUUGUCAUCCGCGUUGAGUUGCGAAGCGCAUCCCCGGGGUGAUGUGAGGUGGCCGUGAAGUAGCACCGGCAAGUGUGGCAUUUCUCACUGCUAUCUGUCUUUGCUAUUACUGUUUUGUUUUCUUCGGAGGAAAUGUGUCUUGUAAUGAAUGCGCUAGUGUUUAUACUUGCAGCACGAGUUGUUUCACAUAUUUUUCAGCCUUGAUGAAACUUAUUAGUGUUCUGUUUUGGUGAAGAUGCAUAUAGAUCUUGCUGUUGAUGGCACUUCAGGAUGCCUCAGCUGAAGCAUCCUGCAGGCUUGGUGUGUAACAUGGUGCCUGCUUUCCCAGAUGGUGCUUUAGAGGCGUGAUAAAAAAAAAUUUUUUUUUUGCCAUCUUGUCACUGCCAUCGGGUUGUGCUUUUGAAGGCUUUUGCCUCGGUUGUUUGCACCAGUUAUGCUCUGUAGAGUCUAGACUAAUGGCUCAUUGUGACUCUACUGUCACUAACCAUCACUGCAUGUCUCAUCGAGAUUUCUAUUGCCAUAAUAGCUCACAACUUGUUUGACAUCAGCAUUUUCAGUGUUGGCAGUUGCAACACUCGGUUGGCUCUAGUGCAACCGCAGUUCUAUGUGGAAUUUAGAUGCUCCACUGUUUGCUUUUGUUGCCCGCGUUGUUCCAUUUGCAUGUUUGUUUUUGGCAGCUAGUCACUUGCUCGCUGAAAGCACAACUCCGCAGCGAUAAUUCCACGGACACAGCUGAACAUGGAGGAUUGUAUUCUUGAAUUAAGCACUAAUUUCUUUUUACUUACUUUACCUUCCCCACUCCCCCCCCCCCCCCCCCCAAAAGAAAAAGGAAUUGGUCAAACUCUGCUGCCCUUGGUUUGUGUAAUUCCCUAGUUUUCCUAUGUUUUAGGCAUUUGUUAAACAUAGCCUACCAUUUUUUUGAUGCACCACAUUACUUCCCAUGUUCACAUGGCUCUGUCAUCAAAUCCAGUUGAUUAAGUUGUGUUGUUUUGUCAUACACAUUUGCUGGGUAGAACUUGCCCGCACCUUGUUUCUGCAACUUCGUUAGCUGAAAGACGGCCAUGACGGAGCUCGCAGCCUUAUUGAUUCCUUCGCACAUCUGGGAAAGCAGCACUGUGUCUCUAUGGCAUUUGUACCAAAAUAGUUUUGUGCACAUCCACGCUUGGUCUGCUAGCAUCUCUCUUUUAGCACAUUGUCUGCGGUGCCCUAACGCUUGAAUCUGAAUGUUUGUACUGUGAGUUGCAAGGUCUUGUGCGUCAUAAGCUAGGCACUUCGGUAAUGUUUGCUCCCAAGUGCCUAUCUGUUGGGGAAGUGAUUGUGUAUCCGGACGUCUUGAAAUGGCUUGGCAUGGCUUUAGAAAUGGGAAUGUAGUGCCGAGAAGUCAACUCAAGCAGCUUCCUGGGCCAAAGAAAGUGCUUUGUGCUGGGUAUAAUUGUCAGAGGACUUAAGAUAUAGCACGGCACUUAGUUUUGACUGCCAGAGUUUGUAGUUUCGGUGCACUUUCGGCGAGACAGCAAAGUGUUUGGAGCUACAUCCAGCAGACUAUAUUGGUGAGUGACUCAGCAGCUCUGGCCUAGGUCCCUGAACUAAAUCCUAGGUACAAUAAGCAACAUUUACUACUAUCCCAUCAUCUUGUCCAGAGAAUCCGCGAUGCACUGUUGAGAUAUAUAUUUUCCAAUUGUCUUAUUAUGUUGCAGAAUGAGUCAGCGUGUUUGUUUUGUGCUUAUAUGGCGCUGUUUAUUUUACGGAACCUCAUUACCAUUCACGCGCAUCGACUUCUGUACUUUGUAAUUUAUGAUGUACAUAUUCCUUUGUACCAAGGAAAACUUCU